AUGCCAGUCGUAAGACGAAUACCCGAUAACAAAAGACGGUCCCGCACAGGCUGUAUCCCCUGUCGAAGACGCCGAAGAAAAUGUGAUGAACAAAGACCUCAAUGCGGCAGUUGUAUCGGGAGGAAUGUGACGUGCGAGUUCAAAGAGUGGACCUUUGUACCAGGGGUUCGCUCAUCACUGCGGAAAGAUGGUAGCGUGCAAGGGGAUAACCGCGAUGAUGCUGAUUCAACUCUGCCCAUUCAAGAUAGUUUGUUGUCCUUUGUCGAAUCAAGUCCUGCUCCCGCCGAGCCAGUUUUUGAGAGCCCCAUAGCCAGUACUGCUCGGACAGAGAGGCUUGAGUCUAUUCACAACACGGCUACGGACGUUCCUCACCCAAUCCCUUCAACCAAUAACCAUCACCAACACGACGGUAACCAAAUACCCACGCCGUCAAGAUGGAACGAAACAGUUCUAUCAGAGCAGAACUCCUCAGAGAGACAAACAGCAAUGCUUCGCUUUCGCUAUCAAAUAGUUCCCUGGCUAGACUCAAAUGCCCCAAGAUCAACCUUUGGCCCAAAGAUCAUGACAUUAGCAGCAGAGAAGUCGACCAUCAUGGAUAUCAUCGUAUGGGCUGCGAUGCGCCGCAGUAGGAGGAGUUCGAGCUCCACUAGCCAUGAAGGCGACACUCACCUGGUUCAGCAGUUCCAGCAUCGAUUAUCCCUGGAGGAUGCUUUUAUCGCUAAUAUCGGAUUGUCACUACUUGCUCUCGGUAAUUUCUUUUAUACUGGCCCAUCUGAGUGGUCAAAUCUGCACUCUGAUUGCGUGGACGUGAGAGAGCGAUGCCAGUUCUUUGAGAGUCAGGAGGAACCUCUCAAGACUCUAGAUCGCUUUCACUUCAAGACAGAGCUUGCUGCUUCCAUUAUUACCACCAAAUCCCCAUCGCUACAGUCUCUACCACUAAUAAACGACACAUUUCUAAACUCCGCCCUGACACCGCCGAGCAUUUACGACGACUGUCUGACACAUCUCGCGGCAUGCUGCCACUUGAUCCACGGCGAAAUCAUCCCUCUCUUCAACGGGAUCGUACCCGUCCAAUCACCAACUCACGAUUCUUACUCGCUUGUAUGGGCAACAUGGUCCAAAUUAUGGGCAUGCUGCGUACAAUGGUUUCGAGAUCGUCCUCCCGACAUGAUCCCCUUACUGGAAAGCCCUGAAGUUGACCACGCAGCCUCCACCAAUACCCCAUUCACAGCAGACGUCUAUUCAAGCGCCAUUGCGGUUCAAGCAAACCUAGCGAUUCAUUUUUCAGCCCUUAUACUGCUUUCAUAUAAACCACGCUUGGUCAAAUUAUCAUCGAUACCACAUCGCUUAGCCUCAAGAAGCUGGCAUGCUCAAAAACUUGCCAAACUUGCUCUGUGGAACAACUUUUCUGAUCAAUGGGACCCUGUCGUGGUCGCAACUGUUGUCCGUAUAGCGAGAGAUAUGACAUAUCCGUCCCAGCAGGAGGCAUUGCUCUCAUGUUUUCAGCGAAUUGGGGAUGCGACAAAGAUCCCUCUACAGAGCGAGAUUGCGGAUCUCCAGCAAUUUUGGUCUUCUUCUCGAAAUACCAGCGCACCGACAAAUGCGCACUCUUGA